AUGACAGCUCCACAUCCGUUGGACUUAUCGCACCACUUCUCCUAUGCGAGCAAGAACCGGAGUCCCAGUAGUGUGAAGAGCUUCUACAAGUACUUCACCAUUCCCAACAUUGCCAAUUUUGCGGGAGGUUUACCACAUCCAACAUAUUUCCCCUUUGAUACACUCGAAGCCACCGUCGCCCGGCCGCAGCGUCUCCAACCAUCGAGCAAAGAUGACUCGAAAGCCGACCGAGUGAUUGUACCCAAGGAAUCCAAGACGGCCGAUCCUUCUCGCAAAAUCGACCUAACCACUGCUCUGCAGUAUGGCACUGCCGAAGGCUAUCCGCCACUCUUCUCGUUCCUGCGACAGUUUGUCCGCGACCAUCUCCAUCCAAAUGUCCCGUACGAAGGAGGUCCCGAGAUUAUCCUGUCGUGCGGCAAUACCGAUGGUUUCUCCAAAGCUAUUGAGCUCUUUACCAAUGUGUGGAAUCCCGACCGGGACUGGAUUCAACAGCGUGAGGGCGUGUUGUGCGAGGAGUUCACCUACAUGAAUGCCAUUCAGACCAUCCGACCUCGAGGCCUCAAUACGGCUACCGUCGCAGUGGACGGCCAGGGCAUGCUCGCAUAUGGCAAAGGUGGCCUCGCUGAUGUGUUGGAAAAUUGGGACUUUCGGCGAGGCAGACGACCACACGUCAUGUAUACUGUGACGAUUGGUCAGAACCCCACUGGAGGAAACCUCUUGAUUGAGCGGAGAAAGGAAAUCUACGCCCUCUGCCAGAAGUAUGACGUGAUCAUCGUGGAAGAUGAACCUUACUGGAAUCUGCAGUUCCCAUCCGCUUACGAGAUGGAAGCCCAUUAUCGGGGCGCGUCGACAGAACCUACACCUUAUAAUCGAAACUAUAAUGACGAUGGGAAGUCAUCUGGCUAUGCUUUCUUGGACUCACUAGUGCCGUCAUAUCUAUCAAUUGACACCGAAGGCCGAGUGGUGCGGCUGGACACAUUCUCCAAGAGUGUUGCGCCAGGGAGCCGCCUCGGUUGGAUCACGGCGCAACCUGCAGUGAUUGAGCGUAUUACUCGCAUUACGGAGGUCACGACACAGCAGCCCUCGGGAUUCGUGCAGUCUGUAAUUGCUGAAACAAUCAUUGGGGAACAGGUGGACGACAAUGGUUCCCGUAUCUUGAAGAAGCAAGCUGUUCCAAGCUGGCGCAUGGAUGGCUGGGUGCGCUGGCUGGAAGGUCUGCGCGGAGGCUACGAGAAGCGCAUGAAUGACAUGUGUACUGUCUUGGAAGAGAACAAGUUCUUGUUCUCUGAGAACCCAGAAAAAUCGAAAAUUACUAACGAUCAUGUCGAUCACUGGGAAGUCGUCGACCGGGUACAGAUGUAUGACUUUACCUGGCCCAAGGGCGGCAUGUUUGCUUGGGUUGAGGUGCGCGUCGACACUCACCCAUUGCGAUCUAAAUACAGCCCUCGGAAAUUGUCCAAGGCCUUUUGGAUACACCUCACAAAGAAGCCGCAUUUGUGCCUGGUGGCCCCUGGUCAGAUAUUCGCGGCGGGCCCGAAGUCCGUCGAGCAGGAGUACCGGUUCUUCCGAGUUGCCUUUGCGCCGAUGGACCCCGAGGAUGUGAUACCCUACACCCGCAGGCUUGUCGAGGGUUUCCGAUCAUUCUGGAAGCGGGAAAACCUGGAUGGCUUAAAUGAUGAUGAUGAUGAGAGUUUGACGAUGCAGGAAAUGCAGUUGGGACCAGGGAUUAAUUUCUUCGGCCCGGGGUGCUAA